AAGGUGCACUUCUUUAUUUAUUGGAAACUGCAGUGUCUGGAGACCGCACUGGCUGCAGAUCAGAGGAUGCGACUUGCAAGUCAUUGCCGCCAUCAACUACAGGCCAUCUUUUACUACAGCAUAGGAAACGACAAGCACCUUAGUGCAAUGGAGACACGCGCCUUCUCUGAUGGGUUCAUUUUUUGUUACAAAUGGACAUUGACCUUCUGGAAGAGUCCAAUUGGAUUUAAUUGGAAUUAACCCAAUAAGGCUUGGUAGAUAUCCUCCUCUCCCCCCCCCCCCCAUUAAAAUCUGUGGGGAUUUAGAGUGAUAUUUUUAAUAAGUUUCCCAAGUCAGUCUAGAGCUCUUUAUUGAAUUCCACAGGAGUAUCCAGAAAACACACAUCUUAACAGAGAAGGAAAACCUCUCUUUCGGGACUUUUCUGUAAGGGGAUGUUGAUUAGAUUAGAGUUUGCUCCGCACACUGCCUUAUCAGCAACCUUUAUUCAUGUUUACUCAGACCCACUGGUCAUUGAGGAUUCUACGCCCAGCACAAAGGUUUGCUACCUCUGGAUUCCAGGGAAAAUGCUUCACUUACUCAGCACAUUACAAGUGUGCUUAUUUGAUGCUUCCUACAGCAGGGCCAGCGCCCAGAUAGAGUCUGAAGCCUCUCUUAUGCAGUAGGUUCUACUUUCCCAGACUGAGGCAGAGUUCAGCUCUCUAACGAUGGAGAUUAAUAGCGAAAAUGAGGAGAAACCACUGCUUUUUACUUUAAGAAGAUUUCAGCUUUCUGAAGAUUAUGGAUUCCUUCUUCCAAAUCCUCUGAGUGAACUCCCUAUUCCCUACAGGCCUUGGAUGGAGAUUGCCAACAACCUGCCUCACCUGAUCCAGAGCCAUCAGCUCCGUUCACAAGUUUACAAGAUGCCCCAGCUGAGCAGUCAGCAUCUAAAAGGGCACAGAGAGCUACACUUGGCCCACCUGGCACUGAGCUUCAUCACGAUGGGGUUUGUUUGGCAAGAAGGCGAGGAGGAGACCGUCAAGCUUCUGCCACGAAACCUUGCUGUUCCCUACUGGGAGAUCUCACAGAUGCUUGGGCUGCCUCCUAUCCUGGUCCACGCGGAUUUUGUGCUAGUGAACUGGAAGAAAAAGAAUCUUAGUGGCCCUUUGGAAAUAGAGAAUCUGGACACCAUCUUUUCCCUGCCCGGAGGGGAGAGUUUGAGAGGAUUCAUUCUAGUUACCCUCCUUGUUGAGAAGGCAGCAGCGCCGGGGAUUAAGGCAGUUGUUCAGGCAGGUAAUGCCAUCCUGCAGCCUGACAAAGAGGCCCUGCAUAAGGCCCUGCAAGAGCUGGCCAAGGCCAUUAAAGAGAUGAGCGACGCUUUGAAACGGAUGCACGACCAUGUGGAUCCAGCAAUAUUUUAUGCCGUGAUUCGGAUCUUUCUGUCUGGGUGGAAAGAUAACCCAGCAAUGCCAGGAGGGCUGAUAUAUGAAGGAGUUUCUGAUGAGCCCAUGUCAUAUUCUGGAGGGAGCGCAGCACAGAGCACAGUACUUCAUGUCUUCGAUGAGUUAUUAGCAAUUCGUCAUAGCAAGGAAAGCACUGCAUUUCUACACAGGAUGAGGGACUACAUGCCACCCCACCACAGGGCCUUCAUAGAAGAAAUCCAUUCUGCCCCUUCACUGAAGCAACAUAUACUGUCCGCUGGAAAUGAAAAGCUACGCAUAGCUUACAACCAGUGUGUGUCCGCCCUGGUGGACUUGAGAACCUAUCACAUUGCUAUUGUCACCAAGUACAUCACCACAGCAGCUGCUAAUGCCAAAGCCAAGAAAGGAAAACCAAGCCAUUGGGCGGGUAGCCUUCAGAUUAACCCGCCUUCGUCAUUACAAGAGAGGGGCACUGGUGGCUCAGGCAUCCUGAGCUUCUUGAAGAGUGUCAGGGACACAACGAGAGCAGGGAUAAUCCAGGGUUAAACGCUGUCAUGCCACAUGCGUUUCACUAGGGACAAGAGGCAUGAGCAAGCUUAAGACCGAAAGAGCUUUUUGUUUAAUAGUUGCACGUAGCGCAUGUGCCAGGAUCUGGCUGGGAUCGCCCUAGUUGAAAGAAAAGGAGUACUUGUGGCACCUUA